AUGUUCAUCUUGACCAAGAUCUCAGAUCUUGUCCAGAUCCAUCCGGAGGACUUUUCAAAGCAUAGCAUAGUCGCCCUGGAAGACAACAUCAACGCCAAAUACGCUAACAAGGUCAUUCAAAAGAUCGGGCUGUGCAUAUGUCUGUAUGACAUUCUGUGGACGUCCGAGGGUUUGAUCGGCCACGGCACCGGCCUUGUGAACGUCAAUGUCGAGUUUCGAAUGGUUGUCUUUCGGCCCUUCAAAAAUGAGAUUAUGCUCGGCAGGAUACGAAGCUCCACGCCUGCAGGGAUCAACAUAAGAACAGAAUUCUUCGACGACAUCUUUGUUCCGUUCGAUGAACUGCCAGAAGGCGCAGAAUACAACCACAGCGAGCAGCUCUGGAUCUGGAAUGUUGAGGAUUCGAGACUCUUUUACGACAAUCACGAGAUGGUGCGGUUCCAGGUCUUGGACGAGGAGUGGCACGACCAGACGCCUGCAGGACCGUCGCAGGGCGAGGACGCGCCGGCGAAGUCACCAUACAGGAUCAAGGGAAGCAUGGUCCGGGACGGACUGGGCGUGUGCCUGUGGUGGGACGAAGCCUGA